AUGAUUAGACAAGCUAGACAAAUGGGUGCCACACGUUGCGCUGUGCGUUACGCUGUGCGUAAUAUCAGCAGUAAUAGUGCCAGAUCUUCUCGCAAUUUAGCAUACAUUAACACAGUUCGUUAUCAUAGUACUACGAGGAAACAACAAUAUAGUGCGGCUACUGCUACUGGUGAAUCGACUGCAACUUCAAAUGCAACCGCAAGAAGACCAGCCCCAGCCCCAAGCUUUAAUGUGGAUCUCACGGGUACACCGGAUAAAUUACAUAAGAAGUUGAAAUCCCAACAGGAGAUGGAUAGUUCAUUCAUCGGCCUUACUGGUGGUCAAAUUUUCCAUGAAAUGAUGAGAAGACAUGACGUUGAUACAGUUUUUGGAUACCCUGGUGGUGCAAUUUUACCUGUUUACGAUGCAAUUCAUGAAUCUGAUGCCUUCAAUUUUAUUCUACCACGUCACGAACAAGGUGCAGGUCAUAUGGCCGAAGGUUACGCCAGAGCUACCGGUAGACCAGGUGUUGUUUUAGUCACCUCAGGUCCAGGUGCUACCAAUGUCGUUACUCCAAUGACAGAUGCAUUGGCUGAUGGUGUACCAUUGAUUGUUUUCACUGGUCAAGUUGCUACAAGUGCUAUUGGUACUGACGCAUUCCAAGAGGCCGAUGUUGUAGGUAUCUCUAGAUCUUGUACAAAGUGGAACGUGAUGGUUAAAAACGUUGAAGAAUUACCCAAACGUAUUAAUGAAGCAUUUGAAAUUGCUAUGAGUGGUAGACCAGGUCCAGUCUUGGUUGAUCUACCUAAGGAUGUUACAGCUGCAGUUCUAAGAAACCCAAUUCCAACUAAAUCUACACUACCAUCUGAUUCUUUGGCCCAAUUGACUAAAAGAGCACAAGAUGAGUUCACCAGUAAUAAUGUGAAGAGAGCUGCAGAUUUAGUGAAUGUUGCUAAGAAGCCUAUUCUUUACGUUGGUGCUGGUAUCUUUAACAACCCAGACGGUCCUCGUUUGCUAAAGGAAUUGAGUGAGCGUGCACAAAUCCCCGUAACCACUACCUUGCAAGGUUUGGGUGCAUUCGAUCAGGAAGAUACUAAAUCCCUUGAUAUGCUAGGUAUGCAUGGUUGUGCUACAGCCAAUUUAGCAAUCCAAAAUGCUGAUUUAAUCUUGGCGGUUGGUGCUCGUUUCGAUGAUCGUGUCACCUGUAAUAUCUCUAAAUUCGCUCCAGAGGCACGUCGUGCUGCCUUAGAAGGUAGAGGUGGUAUCGUUCACUUUGAAAUGACCCCUAAGAACAUCAGCAAAGUUGUCGAAACUCAAGUGGCUGUUCAUGGUGAUGCAGCUACCAACAUCCAAAAGCUAAUACCGCUAGUGUUCGGUGUUAAGGAAAGACAAGAAUGGUUCAAUCAAAUCUCACAAUGGAAGAAAGAAUAUCCAUUAGACUACAUGCAUGAAACUCCAGGCUCUAAAAUUAAGCCACAAACCGUUAUUUCUAAAUUAUCUGAUAUCGCCAACGCCACAGGUAAGGAAGUUAUUGUUACCACUGGUGUUGGUCAACAUCAAAUGUGGGCAGCUCAACACUGGACUUGGAAAACCCCUCGUUCUUUCAUCACUUCCGGUGGUCUAGGUACAAUGGGUUACGGUCUUCCUGCUGCUAUCGGUGCUCAAAUUGCCAAGCCAAAUGCGUUGGUCUUUGACAUCGAUGGUGAUGCAUCCUUUAACAUGACUUUAACCGAAUUAUCAUCUGCUGUACAGGCAAAGACUCCAAUCAAGAUUUUGGUUCUAAAUAACGAAGAACAAGGUAUGGUUACUCAAUGGCAAUCAUUAUUCUACGAACACCGUUACUCUCACACCCACCAAUUGAACCCAGAUUUCGUUAAAUUAUCAGAAGCUAUGGGUCUAAAGGGUAUGCGUCUAACUGAUCAAUCCAAGACUGAUGAAGUUCUAAAGGAAUUUGUGGAAUACAACGAUGGUCCUGUGCUCUUAGAAGUGGAAGUAGCACCCAAGGUUCCAGUUCUACCGAUGGUUCCAGGUGGUAAGGGUCUAGAAGAAUUCAUUAACUACGACCCAGAGAUGGAAGAAGAACAGAACAGACUACGGUACGAACGUACAAGCGGUAAGUACUAA